GGGGGUAGUACAGUAGUACCGUGGGAUAUUGUAGCACAACGAUUGUCCAGACUGCUAGCCAUAGAGAACCACGGUCACAAUCAUUUUACACUCGCUAUGUACCGAUUCCUUCCGUACCCGCACGUCGCGAUCGCUUUACUCCUGAGUCUACCAACAAUUUUGAAGGCGCAAAAGCCUUUGGUUGAAUGCCCGAAACUGCUGUACUGGGAUUUAGCAGAAGCAAAUGUUUCUCAUAAAAUCCCAGCACUCAAAUUGAACGGUCUUAACAUGGAACGUGACGGUGACAGGCAAUGGGAACUGCACUUUCGAACCAGCCUUGGUCCCAGCACGUCAACAUAUUUCCUCGACACUGCCGAUUCUAAUAUGACCAACAUUGGGCUCUGUUCAGGAGGUUUACGCCUGAUGGAUCGUAACACGUGGCAAUUAUCAAAGGGGGUGAUAGAACGCAGCCUAAAAGACAAUGGAGACUGCAAAAUAAUGCUAGGUGAAGCCUGUACAGAGGCACUGAGGCAACACUACGAGAGAGAAGCAAGAAUGGCAUACAUGAUACAUGGAAGGUGUCUACAAUGCGAAGAAGAGCCUUGCUCUAUUGAGCCAAGUGCUACGAAUGCCGGUACACCUUGGAACGAUACGGUUCCAUACCAAUGCUCAGGCCUGGUUGAUGGACGCCAGGAGUGGGUUUCUGGUGCAGGGUCAUUAUGGAUGGAUGGUAAGUUGAUCUCGGUUUCCCCCUUGUUUCACACUGUACUAUUUUACACUGUACAUCGUGAGACUGUUGCUUACUGAGUAUGCAAAGCUGGAAAUUUCACGAGAGACCCCGAUGCUGAAGAUUGUGCCCGCCAAUAUACGUCUGAACCUUUGGAAAAGAU